CCCACUUGCCCAGCACAUGGGUUGGUAUGAACUCCACAGAUGAAGUAAAGAUUGUACAGGUACAAAAUGGAAAUCAAGAAUUUACCAGGGUACACCAGACGUUUACAGGCGCAUUGGGAACUAUGCCUGUCCAGAUUGGAAGGAUCGACAGAGUGCAAAGCAAGACCCUCUACCAACAGUACCAAGCCAAGAAACAACAGUUGGAAAAGCAGAACCCUGGAACAACGAUAGAAAGGACGCUGUGGCAUGGGACUCCACAGCGGGCAACCAUGAGCAUCAUGACGUAUGGCUUCAACAGGAGCUACUGCGAUAAAGACAGUAAUGCCCUUGGGGAAGGAGCUUACUUCACCUCUGAUGCCGCCUAUGCUGCUAGAGACCGCUAUGCGCCGGUCGAUUGUCAGGGCAACCGACACAUGUUCCUCUGUAAAGUACUCACAGGAUCAUACACCCAGGGCCAACCUCAAAUACGAACACCACCACAAAAGGACCCUGCUAAGCAAGAACUGUACGACAGUGUUGUAGACGAUCCAGCGAAUCCAAAGAUCUUUGUCGUAUUCAGUGAUACGCAGGCAUACCCUGAGUAUCUUAUUUCAUUCCAGUAACAAUGUGAACAUGAGUUUAGGAACUGAUUUGGCAUGUCAGUAGAAAAAUGGGUAUUUACCGGCGUGAAUCUUGUUAUUUUGAACUUGCAAUAGUAAUUCUGGAUCAAUAUCAUCCUUUCCU